UUUUCAGGAGGCCAGAAGGCUGCUGCCCUUCUCCUUAGAUUUUAUUGCAAGGUCUCAAGUAAGUCAAGCAAUCUGCCCAGGACGAGCAAUCCAACCUAUCUUUAGCCACUGCGAGCAAGUGAAUGGAGAGCCUGACUUAUCUUCACUGCUGUCAUCGAGGCUGCCAGUAUUUUUAGGGGACAGCAGCAGCUGCAAAAGCAUUUAACAGUCUUCUACGAACAAUAACACUAGGGGUGUCUCAGGACUAAACGCCACAGAGAUCGUGGGACUGCUGGAGUGUUCAAAGGAAAGCUGUCUGAUAAGGCUAAAAAAACGUCUUAAAAAGGGGCACUUGAAAGCCAUGGCAAGAUGGGCAGGUGACAAUGACUAGAUGUUAAUGAGGAGAGCAUACCGCAACAAACUUACCGAAGUGGAAAAGGAUUAUUCUGUUUAAAAAAAAAAAAAAAAAAAUAGAGCUUGAAGUGAGGGCCAGUGAAGCAGGAGAAGCUGGUUGCCGCGGAAUGUAUAUUGACAUUUGUCUCUGAGGACUGAAGCGAGAGUCUUACUUGAUAAACAGCUGGACAACAAAAUUCUUUUAGAGUGACAGAGACUGAAUGCCUGUAGCCUGUCCCUCUGAGUGGAGGUUGGCAAGCGAGCAGGGAUGGAUGUGUUUGGUGGAGCACCACGGUUCCUGGCCUACCCUCGUCCAGUGGUUGUACAGAGUGGCACAGAAGCAGUUCUGAAAUGCCAGAUCAGCGGGGAUCCCAGACCAGCAGUUAUAUGGGAGAGAAACAAUGAGAAGAUUCACCCAGAGGGCAGAUACCGGGUGUUUGAAGACGGCAAUGUCUACAACCUUAUCAUAACUUCUGUGACAAAGGAGGACAGUGGACAAUACAUCUGUAAGGCCAAGAACUGCAUUGGAGAGACGUACGCAGCAGCCACUUUGAAAGUAGAAGGCGAAGCACAGGAGAUGGAAUUUCGGGAGGAAAAUAAGCCGCGCUUCCUCAUCAAGCCCCUCUCGACUAGGGUUGGACGAGGAGAGGAUGCAAUGUUCUCCUGUAAGCUAUGGGGAAACCCUCGACCAGAAGUGAUGUGGGAGAAGGAUGGCAAGAAGUUGAAUGAGAUCUUUGAGAGCACACAUUUCACCAUCAGCUAUCAGGAUGGAGGGUGGUUCCAGCUAAAGAUUUUCAAGACAAGAGCACCAGACGGAGGGGUGUACACGUGUAAGGCCAGGAAUGAAUUUGGAGAGAGUCUGGCAGGGGCUGUGCUGUUGGUGGAUGCAGGACCAGGACACGAAGACGAUGGGAACCGUAAUGGAUACACUAAUGGCCACUGGAAAGCACAUCAGGGAAAACAGAGAAGUGGUAGGCAAGUUGCAACAAGGCUGAAAGAUGACCCUCUACCAAACUCUGCCAAAGUGAAAAUGUUUGCAGUGACAGAAGGGAAACAUGCAAAGUUUCGUUGCUAUGUAACUGGGAAGCCAAAACCAGAAAUAUUAUGGAGGAAAGAUGGGAGACUUAUCUUGUCUGGGAGACGGUAUCUCCUGUAUGAAGACAGAGAGGGUUACUUCACACUUAAAGUUCUCUACUGCAAACAACAGGACAAUGGAGUUUAUGUCUGUUCUGCUUCAAACACUGCAGGCCAAACCCUGAGUGCUGUACACCUUAUUGUCAAAGAGCCACCUGUUCGAUUUAAGCAGCCACUCAACGACUUGCAAGUAUGGGAGAGAGACUUGGCUGUUCUUGAGUGUGAAGUUCCUGAGGACUCUGUUCCAAUCACAUGGUACUUAGAAGACAGACGACUACAGCCUGGAGCCAAAUAUGGGAUGGAAGAGUGGGGGACAAAGCGUCGACUGACAAUUCGUGAUAUUGGAGUUGAUGACGAUGGGAUUUAUCUAUGCGAGAUGGCUGAUGGGGGUAGAAGCAUUGCAGAGGUAGCAGUCAAAGGCACUAUAGUAAGAAAGCUGCCACGAAAAGUUGAUGUCCUGGAGGGGGAAAAUGCAGCGUUCUGUGUGGAGGUGGAGGAGGAGGAAAUGGACAUUCAUUGGUACAAAGAUGGAACAGAGCUAAGGGAGACCCAUCAGACCAUUCUCAAAUCUUUUGGAAGGACACACAUUUUGGUCUUUGUAAACACCACACCACAAGACUCUGGUUUGGUCAUGUUCUAUGUGGGUAGAUCAAAAACUUCAUCUCAGCUACGGGUGAAAGCGGCAAGGCACUGUCCACCAAGCUGUCCAAAUGGGGUACAGAUAAACACAGAACGAGCAAAUGCAGCUCUUCUUUCCUGGUUUCCAGCACAAGACUCUCGAAAGAAUCCACCUUCAGGGUACAUAAUUGAGAGACAAGAGGUUGGCUCACAAGAGUGGCUGCAAUGUUUGACUACAGACUCUGCAACCUCAGUGGAGAUUCUUGGCGACAGUGUUCCAUGCGAGGCAGACUACAGAUUUCGGAUUUGCAGUGUCAACAAAUAUGGAAGGAGUGGGAAUGUAGAGUUCCCUCGAGCAGUUCACCUUGUUCCAGUUGCCAGAAUCCAAGCACCUCUACAAGAUGCUUUAGUACCAGAGGGCCAGGAUGCCUGUUUUACCAUUGAGCUCUCUGCCUCAGUAAUAGGCACUUGGUUUCUAAAUGGAAAUCAGCUUCAAGACGAUGACCGCUUCUCAAUAAGGCGUUCACGUACACACCAGUCCCUACGCAUCCGCGGUGUACGAGACACAGACAAUGGAGCAGAGAUCACCUUCAUUGCUUACGGAAUUCGAGAUUCUGCUGCUUUGUAUAUACAAGCUCCACUGGUGAAAUUCACUCCACUUUCUGAAAUGGAUCGGAACAAAUUUGUGGAGGUUGGCAACCCUAUAGUACUCUACUGUGAGCUGUCAGACCCUGAGGCUCCAGUUCGUUGGUAUAAGAAUGGUGUUGAACUUAACUCAAUGGAAGGUCUGCAUAUCCAAUCAGAAGGAACAAUGAGGAGGAUUGUCAUCCAAUCAGCGGAUUUUUCCCACUCAGGAGUGUACAGCUGCGACGCUAUUGAUGACGUUAUCAGGUUUAAUGUGGAGGUUGAGGCACCUCCUGUGACAUUUGCCUGGAUACCAGAAGAUGAUCUGCACAGAAAUAUUGUGGAACAAGACAAUCUACUCCUUUGCUGUCAAGUGUCCAGGUCAGAUGCUACCGCACAAUGGUACAAGGAUGGAGUAGAGUUAAAAUCUAGUGAUAAUGUCCUCAUAGAGGCAGAAAACACUUUACGUAAGAUGGUCAUCCUGUCCGCUCAGCUGUCCGAUUCUGGAACAUAUACCUGUCGUGCUGGAGAUAGUGCCUUAAUAUUUAAAGUUAACGUAAGAGAACCUCCAGUGAUGAUUGUAUAUCCCAAGGAAGACGUCCACCUUGACCGCAAUGUUCCUGAAGAAAUUGUCCUCAGCUGUGAACUUUCACGACCAAAUGGAAAGGUGACAUGGUUCAAGGACGGACAGAAACUACAAGAGAGUGAAAACAUAAAGCUAAAGACAGAAGGUCCAUACAGACGGCUAAAAAUUCUGCGCAGUGGUGUUGAGGACUCUGGAGAGUAUGUCUGUGACACAGCUGAUGAUUCGAUAUUCUUCAAUCUAAACAUAAAAGAACCACCGGUGCGCAUAGUUUCUCCAAGCCAGUCCCAAAUGGAACUUUGCCAACAGACUUCAGAGAGGAUGGUCCUGAGCUGUGAAAUCUCUAGACCCAACGCCACGGUACGGUGGUAUCGAGAUGGUCUUGAAGUGGAGGAGAGUGACAGCCUAAUUCUUGAGGUUGAUGGUGUCUAUAGGAGGCUUAUUAUCCCAAAACCUACUGUCAAAGACUCUGCAGAAUAUGUCUGUGACACCGCUGAUGACUCAGUAACCUUCUUUGUAAACAUUGCAGAGCCACCAGUUAGAUUUAUUCGGCCAAGGAAAAUGACCUCUGCAGUAGAGAAACUUGUUGGAGACAUUGUGGUCCUCGAGUGUGAAGUGUCUCGACCAAAUGCUGAAGUUAGCUGGAAGAAGGAUGGAGAAGAGAUUGAGGAGAACAGUAACAUUACUAUCACAGAGGACGGCACAAGUCGACAGAUAACCAUUCACUCUGCAGCUUUUAAUGAUGCUGGGCAAUAUGUCUGUGAUGCCAGAGAUGAUGUAAUGGAUUUCCUAGUGAAAAUCAAAGAUCCACCGCUGAAAAUACUACGGAAAGCUGACAUAGAAACGAAACUCAAGUUUGUAGUAUCUGAUGCGAUUGUGUUAAAAUGUGAGAUCUCAAGAGCAAAUGGGGCGGUCAGUUGGCUUAAAGACAAUGAGAAGGUUGAGGCAAAGGAGCAUUUCAUCUGUGAAGAGGAAGGGACAUUCAGAUCUCUGAUUGUCCUGAGUGCUGAGUUAAGGGACUCAGGGGAGUACAUUUGUGAUGCACAAGAUGAUAAGGUUGUCUUCAAUGUUACUGUAGAAGAGGCUCCAGUGUCCAUUGUUGGAAAUUCAGAGAAGCCAGAACACCACAUUUUAAUGACAGAAGAUGAGCUUAUCCUGGAAUGUGAGGUAUCACGAGUAAAUGCUAUAGUCCAGUGGUACUUCAAUGGAUGUUUACUGCAAGAGGAUUCACGCACACAUAUAGAAAGCAGAGAAACAAAGAGGAAGCUUGUGAUAUCAGGACUUCAGACAUCUGAUUCUGGAGAGUAUCUCUGUGAUGCCACUGAUGACAAAAUGAUAACUAGGCUAACGGUUCAAGAAACACCAUUCAAAUUCAUCAAAAAAGAAGAAAGAACAAAUAUUUCAGCCUAUGAAGAAGACAGUGUGACACUACGUGCCGCUGUUAACAGGGUCAAUGCCCCGGUGAAAUGGCAGAGAGGUCAUGAUCCAAUCAAAGGGGAUCGUUUCCACACGACAAGUGAUGGUAACACCCACUACCUCACCAUUAACCCACUUAAGAGAUGUGAUACUGGAGAGUACACAUGUCACGUGGGAUCCGAUGAGAUGCACUUUAGUGUCCAUGUCAAAGCAAUGAAAGUGAAAUUUUCCAAACCACUGGAAAACGUAGUGGGACUCAAAGGUAAGGAUGUGGUUUUAAAAUGUGAACUGUACAAGUCAAAAGGAGAUGUUCAGUGGCUUAAGGACAGCCAAGAGAUUGCGCCAAACAGACAUUUUACAAUCAGAGCUGAUGGUCGAGUGAGAAGCCUGACUGUACACAACGUCACAGAAGAUGAUGCAGGAGAAUAUGCUUGUGAAUCCAAAGAUGAAAGGACAUCAGCUACUGUAGUGGUCAAUAUUCCUCGCAUUGUGGAGUUUAUUGCGGAGCUACACAACAUAACUGUGAUGGAAGGAGAAGACGCAACAUUUAAGUGUGUGGUGUCUCCAGAAGAUGUGAAGUUGGCCUGGUUUAGGAAUGACCAGCCAAUUUCAUCAAACCAUAAGUUCAAGAUCUCAAGUAAUGGAUUAUGCCAUAUGCUGCAUAUCAACAACUGCCAAGUCUCAGAUAGCUGCAAGUUGACAGCUAAGGCUGAAGGUGUGAUUUCCAGAGCUAUCCUUCAGGUCCAAGAGGCACAGGUGGUUUUCACAAAGAGCAUGGACCCGGUGGUUGCAGAGGAGUUUGCUGAGGCAACACUUGAGGUGGAAGUCAGCCUUGAGACUGCAGAGGUGCAGUGGAUGAGACAAGGAGUGGUUAUACAUCCAGGGUCCAAAUUCACUCUGAAGCAGAGUGGAAAAAAACAUUCUCUCACAAUCCACAAACUCACCCUUUCAGACCGAGGCACCUACAGCUGUGAAACACUCCAUGACCGCACACAAGCCAAGCUCAGUGUGGAACCACGAAAAAUCAAGAUUCUGAAAGGUCUAACUGAGAUCCAGACUUACGAACGAGAGACAGCUUCUUUUGAGGUGGAGCUGUCGCAUAGCAAUGUGGAGGGUGUAUGGCAGAAGGAUGGGAACACUCUCAAAAAUAAUAACCACUGGCAUAUGACUGCAAAAGGACGGGCACACAGCCUUACCAUCUCCAACCUGACCUUGGAUGACACUGGCACCUAUAUAUUCUCUGUUGAAAAUAUCAGAUCAUUGGCAAGACUGGAUGUCAGAGAAAUCCCAGUAUCAGUCUUGAAAAAGCUUGAGGAUAUCAGACAACCAGAAGGAUCUGGUGUAACCCUUGAAUGUGAGCUGUCACGCCACAACGUAGACAUAAAGUGGACAAAGAAUGAAGUUCAGCUUAAACCAGGAAAAAAUCUUCGCAUUUACUCUAUGGGAAGAAAGUCAUUUCUACAGAUACUGAAGUGUGAGCUGGUAGACUCUGGUUCAUAUGUGUGUGAUGCUGGGGAAGCUACAACAUCAUGUUCAGUGGAAAUCUAUGAGAGGGAACUUGAGAUUCUACAAAGCUUAGAGGAUCUGGAUAUUCAAGAAGAUCAAAAUGCAGUGUUCAUGUGUGAAGUGUCACUUGAUGAUGUGCCCGGAGAGUGGUUUAAGAACGGAGAGAGGAUCAAACCAACCAGCACCAUUAAGAUCCGUCAGGAAGGGACUAAGCACUUCCUCCUCAUAUGCAAUGUUAAAGGAGACGACUCUGGAGAGAUCAAGUUUGUUGCCAAGAAUGUCGAGUCUACGGCUAACCUUGAGGUGGAAGCACUACCAGCAAACAUUGUGAAACCACUUCAGGAUAAAACAGCUCUAGAAAAAACCCGUGUCAUACUGGACUGCACUCUGACCAAUCCUCGUUGCAGCAUUCGCUGGUAUAAAGGACCUAAUGUCAUCCUGCCUUCUGAGCGCUUCGAGAUCUGCAGUGAAGGGUGCUAUCGAAAACUUGUGAUUCAGCAGGUGUUGCUAGAGGAUGAGGGCACCUAUAGUGUUCAAGUUGGAAACUACACAUCCUCAGCAAGACUAACUGUUGAAGCUCAGUCAGUUCUGAUGGUGCGAGAGCUGCAGGAUGUGGAUGUAACUGCUCCUGCAGAUGCAUGCUUUGAAUGUGAAGUCUCUCUGCCUGUGGUCAAGGCACCUACGUGGACCCUGAAGGGGGAGACACUGCAUCCUGGUCCUAAAGUUGUGGUGGAGAAAAUGGGAACCGUUCAUAGGCUCACUCUUAAACAAACAUCCACAGAUAUGUGCGGCAUUGUGUGCUUUAUCAUAGGAAGAGCCAAAAGCACUGCACAUCUGCGUGUCAUAAGUAACCACUGAGAAACAACACAUGCGCACUUUCAGUGCAUAAUACUCAAAUAUACGUCACUAUUUAAAUACAAAAAAUACCAAAUGAAAUGACGAAACCAUUAAAUAUCUAUUCUUAUGUGUUUGAAAGUGAGAGGCGUAUAAUUAAUUUAUUUAAAAUUCAAAUUUGUUUAAAACAUUUGGUGUCAUUUUUUUGCACAUUAAACCCCACAUCUGUUAGUCUAAUUUAUUCAAGUCUUGAAUAUUGUGCUGCAUAAAUUUAUGAUCAAACAAAUUGUGCUUUUUAAAAAAACAAAAUUAACAGCACCAGGCCUUUACGCUUUAAAUUUCUUGCACAGUAAUUUGGUGUUUAAUUUUUAAAUUUGUGUACUACUGUAUAUCCUUGUAUAGAUAUCCUUUGUGUUGUGUUUUUUAUUAUUCUUGUUUCAUGGGAUGAAGAUUACAGGCAUAGGUUAAGGCAUGUAAUUAAAAUGUGCAGGGCCAAAGAUGAUCAAAAGAGGGUUCGGGACGGUAACUUCAGGAUAUGUAACAAAUACAGCCAUUUUACGAAUUAGGGAAACAUUUACGAAUAAAUGGAAAAGCUUUUUUAGAGUGUUAGUUGUUUGCUUCUGUUCUAUUCAAAAGCUAGCCUAUUUCACAGUUCUUGCCUUUUACCGAAGUAUCCAAAUGAAGUGCUGCAGUUUCUCCUUGUUUAUCAAGAUCUUUCAAUAAAAUUUGAAAACA